GCGGGGAACCGGGGGAGGGACGGGGGCAAAACUGCCCCCCACCCCCGGCGGGAGCCCCCGCGCACCAGCGAUGCAGCCCCCGGAGCCGGGUCGGGCCGGCGGAGGCCCUUCCAGUGGCACCUGGUGGCCAAACGGCACCACAAGCUACAGUCACCUCCUGAGGGAGAACUACACCUUCCUGGCCUACUACCAGCAUUCCUCCCCUGUGGCCCUCAUGUUCAUCCUGGCCUACACCUUCAUCUUCCUCAUGUGCGUGGUCGGCAACAUCCUGGUGUGCUUCGUCGUGGUGAAGAACCGCCAGAUGCGGACGGUCACCAACAUGUUCCUCCUCAACCUGGCCAUCAGCGACCUGCUGGUGGGCAUCUUCUGCAUGCCCACCACCUUGGUGGACAACCUCAUCACAGGUUGGCCCUUUGACAACACCAUGUGCAAAAUGAGUGGCCUGGUGCAGGGCAUGUCCGUCUCCGCCUCCGUUUUCACACUGGUGGCCAUCGCCGUGGAGAGGUUUCGCUGCAUCGUCCACCCGUUCCGGCAGAAGCUGACGCUGAGGAAAGCCCUGCUGACCAUCGCCAUCAUCUGGGCGCUGGCCCUGCUCAUCAUGUGCCCCGCUGCCAUCACCCUGACUGUCACCAGGGAGGAGCACCACUUCAUGGUGGACACCUACAACAACUCCUACCCUCUCUACUCCUGUUGGGAGGCCUGGCCCGAGACGGGGAUGAGGAGGAUCUACACAACUGUCCUCUUCUCCCACAUCUACGUGGCCCCGCUCGCCCUCAUCAUCGUCAUGUACGCCCGCAUCGCCUUCAAGCUCUUCAAGUCGGUGGCGCCUGCCCAUGGCCGGGAGGAGCCGGAGGGAAGGAGGAUCUCCCGCAGGAAGGCCAAGGUCAUCAACAUGCUCAUCAUCGUCGCCCUCUUCUUCACCAUCUCCUGGCUGCCCCUCUGGACGCUGUUGCUGCUGACGGACUACGGGUGGCUGAGCGAGGGCCAGCUCCACCUGGUCAUCGUCUACGUGUACCCCUUCGCCCACUGGCUGGCCUUCUUCAACAGCAGCGCCAACCCCAUCAUCUACGGCUACUUCAACGAGAACUUCCGACGAGGCUUCCAGGAGGUCUUCAGGAACCCCCUCUGCUUGCUCCGGUGCUGCCACCGCAGGCCCUACACCCCCCGGAGCCACGGCCACGGGACCUUCCUCGGCACCCGCAACCGCGUCUUCACCCAGGCACGGACCAGCGACUCGCCCCCCGUGUCCGAGUCGGGGCCGCUGGCCCUGCGCCGCGCUGGGGCCCCCGCCUGGGACGGCUGAGUGGCCUCUGGACUGAGGACUUGUGGGGUGGGGAGCGGGGAUUUGGCACCUCAUGGGCCACAGGUCACCGAAAUAAAGGCACAUCCCACCAAU